AUGUCAGUGGAGAUCAGUCACAUUCCACCAUCACGCUCCUUGACAGGCAAGGUCGCCAUCGUCACAGGCGCAGGAUGUGUAGGCGACGGCAUAGGUAACGGAAGAGCAAUCUCGAUUCUGCUGGCGAGUGACGGGUGCAACGUGGUAUGUGUCGAUCUCAACAAGGAAUGGGCCUCCAGGACAGUCGAGAUGGUCAAUUCGGAGCCGGGACGAGGAAAGGUCCUGGUCGUCCAGGCCGACGUCACCACGGAGGCAGAAUGUCGCCGCGUCGUCGAGACAGCCAUGGCCGCCUUUGGCCGGCUGGACAUCCUCGUCAACAACGUCGGCAUUGGCGGCGCACCAGGCACGGCGGUCGAGGUCGACAUGGUGGCUUGGGCGAAGGGGCUCGAAGUCAACGUCUCGAGCAUGGUCUUGAUGGCCAAGUUUGCCGUUCCUGCCAUGCGCCGCAACGAGGGCAGCGAGAUCAAAGGGUCCAUCGUCAACAUGGGCAGCGUCGCCGGCCUCAAGGGAGGUACGCCGCAUCUGCUUUAUCCCACGAGCAAAGGCGCCGUGGUCAACAUGACCAGAGCGAUGGCGGCGCACCACGCCGAGGACGGGAUCCGGGUCAACUGUGUCUGCCCUGGGAUGCUUUACACACCCAUGAUGUACGCUGGGGGCAUGAGCCAAGAGGCACGCGAGGCACGUCAAAAACGAAGUCUACUGGGCACCGAAGGCACAGGGUGGGAUUGCGCAUGUGCGGUGGUGUUCCUUGCCGGUCCGCACGCCAGGUGGAUGACAGGCGUGGUUCUACCGGUAGACGCUGGCGCUACAGCCGCUGUUGGGAUCGGACUGCCCAAGAGUGCGAGUGUGAAUGGAGGAUCAAACUGA